GGUUUUUUUUUAUACUUUUUGCCUUUCAUAACACACAUCUCAUGGAUAUAAAACCAAAGUAAAGGAUUAAUGCAUUGAUAGGCGAUUCUAAAUCACAUCCUGAUGGUUCACCUGGAGAUUUUGGUAAAAGCCUCGAAAUGAGCCCUCGAAGUAUGUAUGUUGGUAAUAUUAAAGAAAGGAUCUGUCAUGCACUUAGAUGCAUUUUGUCAAUGGGAAAUUUCAUCUUAAUUCAAUUUUGGGCACCCGUGGAGGUAAAUAGUUAGUGUGUACUUGCAACUAGUGGGCAACCAUUUGCUGUUGGUGAUUCCACGAAUUCGGGGCUUAUUAGGUAUAGGGCGAUUUCUCUGAAGUAUCGCUACUCUGUUGAUGGUGUGAAUGAUGGAUGCAUUGGGCUUCCUGGACGUGCAGUGGCGGAUCUACAUAGGUCCAGGGAGUUCGGAAAAUUCCCGGAGUGGACUCCGAAUGUCCAAUAUUACUCGAGCAAAGAAUUUCCACAGUUAGAUCAUGCUUUAAACUACAAUAUUCGUGGAACCUUCGCUCUUCCGGUGUUUGAAAGAGAGAACUGCGUUGGUGUUCUUGAGCUCGUAAUGACAUCACAGAAGAUCAAUUAUGCACCAGACUUUGACAAAGUCUGCAAAGCAUUAGAGGUCACUGUUCAAUCAGUGUUGUUGAAAUCAUGGAAUUAAAGUUUCUCCCAAUAUUUUUCAUGUCGUUGAUGUCCAUAUAUAGUCACUAAGAAAUGAUCUUUUGCAGGCAACCAACCUGAAAAGCACGGGAACAUUUGAUCAUCAAGAUACAUGGAAUUACAAUGAAGACUUCAACAUUUCCUAGUCAGAAAUCCUCGAACUGCUUUAUGCAGUGUGGGAAACUCAUAAGUUACCUUUGGCUCAGACCUGGCUUCCUCAAAGGCAUCAAAAUGGUAUGAUUUGCGGCAAGAGAUUCAGUGUACUAACCUGUGUUCCUAGUCUUGCAUUUUAUGCAACAGAUGCUAGUAUGUGGAGUUUCCGAGAGGCUUGCUUGGAACAUCACUUACAGGAUGAACAAGGGCUUCCCGGUAGAGCAUUUUCCUCUCUUAAUGCAUGUUUCUGUGUAGAUAUAACCCUAUUCCGCAAAAGUGAUUAUCCCUUGGUACUCUAUGUGCGAAUGUUUGGGUUGCAGAGCAGUCUUACUAUUCCUGUAUGUAGUAAUCACUCUGAAAAGGACACCUAUGCUCUAGAAUUCUUCCUGCCUCACAGCAGUACAGACCACAAAAUCCAAUUGCAAAUCACGGCUUCUAUACUGGCGACAACAAUGGAAAUCUUGCAGAAUUCUAAGGUUAUUCAAUGGAUAGAACCCAAAGUAGGACAUUUUAAAAUUAUUGAUUUGUCUAUUGGCAAAAAGCUUCGUUUCUCACCAGUACCAGAACUAAAAUCCCAAACAAUGGAAACUACACAUGGACUGGAAACCUCACAAAGUGGACUUGUGUCAAAAGAACAAGAUUUUUCCCUGCAGCAAAGGUCAGAAUGUGAUGUUGCAUUACUUAAAGUGAGUGAUGCUAUCGCAGAAAACAUUACAUUCUCAACUUUUGAAAAAGACGGAAAGAUGACGUUACAGUUUCUUAAGCAACUUUUUGGAAAAAAUCUCAAUGAUGCUGCCAAUUGCCUUGGAAAUCUCAACUUCCGUUCUCAUCACUGUUGGAAGAACUGGAAAACAAGGUAGCUGAUAGGCUAAAGUUGAAGAUUGGAACUUUUCGUAUUCAGUAUCAGGAUGCAGAUGAUGACUGGAUAAUCAUAGCUUGUAACGAUGAUUUGGAAAGUUGUCUAAGGGAACGGAGAUUAUUGGGUGCAAAAGCAAUCAAAAUGCUGGUAGAAAGCAUAGAUAUGUAAAGUUUAACUGACGUUCUGAAUGUGAUUUUGUGUUUAAACUUAUGCUUUGGGUAAUUCAAUAAUCAUUUAAAGCAGUAUUUUCAUAUUAACUUUGUUCGGUUUGACUUCCAAUAGUUCUCUUCCAUAUUGCACCUAAUUCAUCAUGAAAUGAUUGUUCAGAUGAUGAUGUCAAUGGUGCAGCUGUUUAAGUAGAAUUAUUAACGGGAUGAUGAUGUCAAUGGUGCAGCUGUUUAAGUAGAAUUAUUAACGGCGAGUAUUCUUAUUGUCAGUUAAAACUCCAGUUUGUGCUUUACCCUUGAGUUUGUUCCACCUGCUGGUGCUAUCAAGUUGGUUUCUGUUCAUUAAGAUGGAAACCCCUAGUAGUGGCGGACGAAAGAGGAAGAGCAUUUAGCUCUUCUUUAGAUUGGGGUUGCUUAUUGCAUUUGGUUUAUUGAAAUGACAGAGGAUGAUCUUGUCGUUGAUGAUAUAGAAAUUGAUGUUCUAGAUAUGGCUGAUGAGACCUACAUUGGUCGUACUACUUUCGCUAGAGCAAGUUUCUUCUCAAAAUUGAGCAUGAGCACCACUAUCUUGGACUGGAAUGGCUGCCUCUUGUUUGCUCAGCUACUAACGAUGAACUCCAUGUAUUGGCAUUAGACGAUCAUACAAAGUAGAAAUGAGCUGAAACAAAGCGCAUCAUCAAGCUGCAAUUCUUGACACCAUCAAUGGAUCUCAAGCUAAUAACAUUUCACGCUUGCGCUGACAAUUGUUUUUUGCUCUUUCUGUGGCAGGACGACAAGGGCAAGGACACAAGAUCCGUAUGCAAGUAUGACAUUUACACGAAGGAGUUGUGGAUUUCUAAAUUGCUAGUAACCAGCCGCAUCAGGACUAAUGCUGAAUUGGUUGCACUUACAGUUGCUAGAUUUCCCUUCUUCAAGGUAGGCUUGUAGUAUUUUUGAAUGAGGUGACUAAUUCUGAACUGGUAUACUUUUGGUUUCUUAGUUGAACCUCCAUUUCAUGUUCUACUGCAGACAAGUUCUCGUAGAGAAUGCUUUUCUAAGUUGUGUGUAUAUUGUCCGAUUGUAUUGUUUUGUUGUCAUUUCCUUUCUAUUACUAUCUACUAUUUUGGUUAUUAUAUCUGUUGUUUCUUGUACUUCCAUUACUUCUUUUUCGGGAUUUUUGUGGACUGUUUUUUUUUUUUUGAGACAAGGGUCUAGCAAAAAUAACCUUUCUACCUCUAAGAUAGGGUUAAGGUCUACGUACAAUCUACCCUCCACCCUCCCCAGAAGACACUUUUUUAGUUGUAGCUAUUGCAUUUCUAGUUGAAUAGACAAACACCAGUUGAUUCCUUUAGAUGAGUCAUAUCACCAAAGGUUUUAGUCAAAACAAGCUUCACAUGGCCAGCAGCAGCACAAUGCAAAGAGGGUUACAUAAAACAAAGAAACAGAACUAUAUAUGAACCUAAAAAAUGGUCGAGCCGAUUUUCUAAAAAAUGGCUUUAUCCCAUUCAAUCUCCACUUUCUCCCAAUUCGGUACGAAAUUUUCAUUCUUCUUUAGCCAAAAAAGUGAUGAAAAGUAAACGAUUUGAAGAUAAAAAUAGCAUGGUAAGGCGGAUGUGAAUGUCAAUUUCAACAUUUGAAAGUCAAUUUUCUAAAAUGAGGUAGAUAGCAUAGGUGAACAAUAUAAAAUUUAAAAAGUGUUUACAUUUAAACACAAGGCCAACUUAGCCUAGUGGUCUUGCGUUUGACUCUAGAAAAUUGUUUUUUUCCCUCAAGUACAAGGGUUCAAUCCUAGAGGGGCACGCAGUAAGACUUUUUCUUGACUAACUUUUUUACUUAAUUUUGAUACUUUCUUUUAUAGAAAAUUACGAAUAAAAGGAAAAACGGGCGAAACGGCGAGAAAGAACCAUU